AUUUUAUUAUCUUUGUUCACUGCAAUAAAUGGUUGUUCAGUCAGUGCGUUGCGUUCUGCUGCCUUGCUGUCUUUAACGAAAUUGUAAUUCGCAGCUUCAGACUUCCCCCAAACAUGGCAUAGUAGAGUUGCCCUGGAUGAACCGAGGGAUUAAAGUAACCAGCAGCCUCGCCCCACGCCUGACCAGGAAAUAGGAAAGUGAAAAGCAAAGCUGACUGGCUGUUCAAAUAAGAACUUAAAUAUCCAAGAAGACGAUGGCUCCGAAAGAUUUCAAACAGCAGACCUCUUCAGUGAUCCAAUGUCUUUUCGAGGAGCCUGUAUUAAAAGCAAAAAGUCUCGUAUUCGAAGACACUGUGGUUGCGGACGGUGUCGGAGACGAAGAGGACUCAUUUGACCCUGUUAUUAUUGCUGAUAAGCUCAGGCAGUUGGGGGAUGAUUACAAUGAAAAGGUGAUUAAGCCUCAUAUGGAUAAAUUUCUGAAUCAAGCAAGAAGUGCAGCUGCAGAGCAGGCUGCCUUGGCUUUCUCAGAUGCUGUGGAGUCUCUCUGCAAGUCCUGGCCCUCUGAAGGAGCAGAGGUCCGACAGGAGAAAUAUCUUCUGAAGGCAUCUGUGACUGUGGGACUAUAUGCAUAUAAGAAGUGUCCAAAUCUCUCAGAGACCAUCCAGAACGUGCUGACUCAGUUUGUGGAGACUCGUCUGGGCAGCUGGAUUGUCCAGCAAGGAGGCUGGGAGCAAGUGGCUUCUCAGUAGAGAAAUUGUGCAGGACAAAGUCAGCUACCUGAGGGAAAGUAACAUCGAGUGUGACAUCAGGUCUUCUUGAAACGGCAAUCUUUUAGUUCUCUAAACUAAAAGAUGUUUUUUUAGAAUUCUGUCUGAAUGGAAGUAUUUAUUGCUUUGUUUUUAUCUGUCUUUUAAGAAAUGGCACUCGCUCAGCUUUCAAGAACUUUUUUUGCGAGCAUGAAAAAGCAACUUCAUUUCUGUUUGAAUCAUAUAAUCAUGACAAUCACCAAGAAGAUUCCUUUAACAAGGACAGGAGAGUUUUCUGAUCUCUAAAAUCUGUACCGGUACAUGCAAAAUUCUGUGCAGUUUAGAAUAUUUUCUUAAACAGCAACAUAAAGACAAUCUUCAAGUAUUGACGAGUGCCAAGAUUGAGUGCCAUUUCCACUGUGUGUCUUUGCAAAAUGCUUGUGCACAACUCCUUCAAAGUCUCAUCACGCACUUCCAGACACAUUCGAUCCCACUUCCUUGUAUAGCAGAUUCAGAUACUGUCUAUUGCAGCUGUAGUGCUAAUACUACCCCACCUUUGUUUUCUCAUAGCUUAGCUUACCAGAUGAGUGCACAUCAGAGAUGUACAGAUCAAUGUUGCUCAUCAUGUAACGGAGCUGAACAGCAGCUGAAACUUAAAGCCAAGUUUUGUGGGUGAGAGUGCACACGGUAUAUAGAAUGAAAGAUCAAAAACAAACAAACAAUGUAAGAAUGGAAGAAAAGUGAGGCAAAAUAUUUAAUGUUGCUUCUGAUUUAAAAACUGAGCAAUCAGCUGUUAGAAUUAAUCACCAUAAUCACCUUUAUGAAUUAAGUUUCUCGGUAAAGGGAAUAUAUUGCCAAAACCAACAGAAUCCUGUCAACUUUUCUAUUACACCAAACUGCACUGAUUGAAUAAUUUAAAUUUAUUUUUUUGGAAAGCCCUAUAGCACAUCUGUUAUAAUCUUUAACAUAGCAUGCUUUUGAAUUCUUAUUUCUAAAAUGAAAUAAAGCAAUAAGGAGUGUUUGUACCGUAA